GCUUUCUCUGCCUGGUGAGGCAUUCACAUCCCAGAGCUCAUCAGCUUUGCUUGGCACCACCUACAAAGUGGCCUGAACACAGAGUUGGACAAAGUUAGAGAAAGUUCAUUUAUGCCUGAGAAAGACGAGGAUCUCUACUAGUCAAAGAGAUCCAGCAGAAGGUGACGAAGAAGGUCGAUCUAUUCAUUUCAAACUCCAAACUUGACAUGGCAGCAAUGGAAGCGCUGGAGUCCUCAAGCGCUCAGCUCGAGCCGCAGUCCCUCACUGAGAUUUCAGAAGACGAUCUCCACAUAGGCAACUCGGAAGAUGAAGACGAUGUCCUGGCGGCGGCCAAGAAAGAGCUGUCCAACAUGGAAGCGGAGGGGGACGCCGCCGAAGACAAUGACGAAUCGGGCAAGUCCGACCAGCAGGUGAACGGGGUGCUGGUGCUGUCUUUGCUGGACAAGAUCAUCGGCGCCGUGGACCAGAUCCAGCAGACCCAGAGCGGACUGGAGUCCAGGCAGCAGGAGAUGGAGCGCUCGGUGAGCAACAUCCAGGGAGAGCUGACCAAGCUGACCAAGAAUCACAGCACCACGUCCAACAGCGUGAAUAAGAUGAUGGAAAAAGUGCGGAAGGUGAGCGUCAACGUCAAGACGGUCAGAGCCACUUUGGAGAAGCAAGGAGGACAAAUCAAGAAGUUGGAGACCAACGAGGCCGAGCUGCUGAAGAGACGCAACUUUAAAGUCAUGAUCUAUCAGGAUGAAGUCAAGGUUCCCUCAAAACUCAACGUGUCUAAAUCCAUGCGGGUCUCCGAGUCCGUCCCAGGAAGCAGAGGAGGAAGUAUGCUGGAGCUCAAGGAAGCUACAGAGGAGCACGGGGAGGACGCAGAAGAGGGCGAGAAGGAAAACAAGCCAGCUAUUGACCUCUCCUCAGACGAGGAGGGAGUUGAAAUAGAAGAUGUCCUAUUAGAAACCCGCGCCGAGCGUAUCAAGCGCAGCAGCCUGCAACGUGUGCAAACCCUGAAGACGGUCUUCUCCAAGGAGAAGAUGGACAAGACCAGAGCCAAGACCAAGGAGAACCUAGAAAAGACCAAGCAGAAAACCAGGGAGAAUUUAGAGAAGACAAGACAAAAGACCAAAGCCAAUCUGGAGAAGACCAAGCAGAAAACAAAGGAAAACCUAGAAAACACAAAGCAAAAGGCUAAGGAGAACCUGGAGAAAACCCGACACAACAUCGAGAAGAAGAUGGGAAAGCUCGGAACACGCAUGAGCGUCAACCCUGAACGCAAGCAGAAGCUUCAGACGUCCCGCGAAAAAAUGCAGAAAGCCUUCACGCCGGAUCACGUGGUUUACGCCCGCUCCAAGACUGCCGUGUACAAGGUGCCCCCUUUCACCUUCCACGUCAAGAAAGUUCGCGACGGCGCUGUCGAGGUGAUCCAGGGCACCGAAAUGGUGGAGGUCUCCCAGAAUGCCGAGCCCUUCAACGAAGUGGAUGAAGAGGUGGAGGGAGACGGCGGGGAAAUGGAGCUGGAGAUGAUGAACGGCGGAGGAGAUGAUGAAGACGAAGACGAAGAGGAGGCGAGCCACGAUGUCUUAGAUGAUAAUGAGGACAAAGAAAGAGACAGCGACUAGAUCAGGAAUUUGCCAUUGAACAGAUCCAUUCUAUUCUCCUUCAAUUGAAUAUUACUUUUGUAUCCCCUUCCCACAAAAAAGUCUUCAAGUUAAACCAGGAAAAUUAUUUGACAACUAACCUAUAUCAGUUUUUGACUGUUCUAUCAACCAUGCCUGCCAUAGCUUCCUAUUUAGCAAGGCAUAAUCACAGCGCACAUCCAAAAACUACCUGCCCCUAAACUCCUCUUAACCGAUGGUUUGUGCUAAUACACUAAAUGUACAUGUUUUAGCCAUUGUAUGUUACUUUUUCUUUGUGCUACUAAACCAGCGUUGUUCCAGCAGCCAAAAGUCAUGCUAAAAUUUGCAUUAGCAGUGACGAGCAUUAGCCAAAAUAUGUAUGUAGUGAUAGCAGUGGAAAUCUUUUGCCGUGCAGGUCCAGUCUCCCAUCUUCUAUUUCAAGGGGUGUCCAAACUAUGGCAAAUUAUGUUAUACUUCUAUUGCACCUUUCCACCUUCAAGGCACUCAGACACUAUUUUGUCAUUUACUGUACUUGCUAAUGACCUAGCAUCAGGAAUAAUGUGGACUCUAGCAUCUUACUCAUGAAUUCAAAAGCCUUGUUCAAACUAGCAGCCAAAAUCCGAUUUUUAGCUAAUCCAGAUUUAAACUAGAUUACUCUUUUGUAGUCUGAACAGUCCCAAAGCACAGAAAUCUGAUUUGAAUCUGAAACAGAUUGAAACCACAUAGGCUACAGGAGGUAGUUUCAUAUCAGAUAUGGACAAAAUCCCUCUCAGCCUGAACAGUUCAGAUGAGAUUUGAGUAGGGCUGCAGCUAUCGAUUAUUUAGGUAAUCGAUUAAUUCAUCAAUUAGUUAGUUCGAAUAAUCCAGUCUUCAGAUUAUGAACAUUUAAUGUGUUGCAGAAUAAAUUUUAGGAUAUGUAAAACAAUUGCUCAUGCUUGCAAUAUUCAUUUUGGCUUGCUAAAAUGACUCUCAAAAGAGCAUUUAAACGUAACUACAAAAUAAAAUUCCUGAGUGUUUCUUCAAACUAUGCGGAAUUGCACUUUCGUUUCAUAACAGAAAUAAAAACAAUUAAAAUAAAUUGAAAUACUUGAUGUUAAAGCCUCAAACUGUAUUUAAAAAAAAAAUAAAUGCAGUAAAAGUAAAACACAAGAACAAUUGGCUAACUUGCAUAGCAAAAGCCUGCUAGCUUAAAUGCUACAAAAUGCUAACUAAUUUUUUUAAAUGCUCUUAACAAAUCAUUCAAACACAUAUUCUCACAAUAAAACUGCUAAAUAUACUUCUAAACUACCGUAAUUUCUGGACUAUAAGGCGCACCUGACUAUAAGACGCCACCCACCAAAUUUGACACGAAAAAGGCACACCAUAAGCUUAAAUUCAGCCUAUAUUUAGUUGCGCUUCUUUGUUUUUAACACUAGAUGGAGCUAGUCACUUAAACAGUGCCUCUCUUUUAUCCUUACAACAUGCUAAAAUGAAGGUAGGAAACUGUAGGAUUUUAGUCCAGUGGUACCUCUAUUCAAGUCAGUC